AAGGUGUCCACCCACUUCCCUACCAAAAAUUAACCUAAGUUCUCAUGCUCCUAAUAUUGUUAAUGGUCCCAUUAAUGGUCCCUGCGGGUCAGCCUACCUGGCCCCCUGCGUCUGCCUCCAUCACCCUGCCCGCUUGCCUCCCACAUCCCCUACCUUCUCGUUCCUUCCGCGAGAGGUGUCCCCGCGCGCAGUGGGCACGUCCUCGCCUCAGCGAAGAGGGCGCACGAAGGAGCCGGCCCGGGUGGUUCGCCCGGGUCCCCGCCCCCAGCCCUGCUCCCCGGCAGGACACUGUCCCUUUAAUAGACUCCCUCUGCCUGGCGCUCUGCGGCUGGGGAGUAAAUUUCUCCCUGUCAUCAGGUCGCGGGGAGAGGAGGAGGAGGAGGAGUUUGUUAAUGUUCAGUUUGUUCAGCGGGAUCGAUGUUUGCUGGCAUCGCCUCGCCCUGUCUUGUGUGUGUGUGAGAGUGUGUGUGCGUGUGCGUGUUUGUGUGUGUGCGUAUGUGGGGGGUGUGAGUGUGUGUGUGUGUGAGAGGAAGCGAGAGUGCGUGCGUGUGUGAGUGUGUGUGUGUGUGUGUGUGUGAGUGUGUGUGAGUGUGUGAGUGAGUGAAUUCCAGAUUUUCUGUCUUUCCCAAACCCGCUCCUGUCCUCUCGCAUAUCACUCACAGGCGGGGAUCUGACAGCAGCCACAAACCUACAGUGAGUGAUCUCUCUCUGCCCCGGCACGAAUCCGCCAUAGAGAUCGGCGAGGAGGAGGAGGAAGAGGAGAAGGAGGAGGUGGAGGAGGAGGAGGAGGAGGGAAAGAGGAGAAGGAAGAAGAAAAAGAAGAAGAAACCACUACCUUCCCAGGAUUGCCUUUUUUUUCCUUAUCUUUACGCGCGCGUGUGCGUCCCUCGCCCCUUCCAUCCGAACCCGGUCUUGGAUGUUUAAUAAAGAAAUCAAGUGUCUCAACAGUCACCAAAAAAAAAAAAAAAAAAAAAACCAAACCAAAAAAAAAAAAUUUCCAAAAAGCAAAAACAAAAAGAGAGAAAAGAGAGAGGAAAAAAAAAAUCCAAAACAAACAAACAAACAAACAAGGCAGAACCAACCUCUACUUCAAACCAGCCGGCACAGCCACCCGUUUCUGCCACCCAGAGAGGGGGGUCUCUGGCCCGUGGUGGAGGAGUUGCAGGGGGGAUCGUCAGGGGGACAGAGGCCGAGUGACGCCCUAGGAGCCACCGGGCAGGAGGCGGAGGAGACCCAGAGAGGCGAGAGAGACAGCGGGCCCCCGCGCGCGGCUCGGGGCUGGGGCGCCAGAAGUGGGACUGGAGCGAAGUAGAGCGAUGCCAAGGAGGAAACAGCAGGCACCCAAGCGGGCGGCAGGCUACGCCCAGGAGGAACAGCUGAAGGAAGAGGAGGAAAUCAAAGAAGAAGAGGAGGAAGAGGAAGACAGUGGUUCAGUAGCUCAGCGUCAGGGCAGCAAUGACCCAGGAACAGAUGAGGAGCUAGAAACGGUGGAAACGGGUCCUGAGCAGAAAGGCUGCUUCAGCUACCAGAACUCUCCAGGAAGUCAUCUGUCCAAUCAGGACGCCGAGAACGAGUCCUUGCUGAGUGAUGCCAGUGACCAGGUGUCAGACGUCAAGAGUGUGUGCAGUCGAGAUGCCCCGGACAAGAAAGCCAGCCUGCACCCCAAGCCCCCAAAUGAAGCCCACAGCUGCAUGGAUAAAAUGACCGCUGUCUACGCCAACAUCUUGUCUGAUUCCUACUGGUCCGGCCUGGGUCUUGGCUUUAAGCUGUCCAACAGCGAGAGGCGGAAUUGUGACACCCGAAAUGGCAGCAAGACUGAUUUCGACUGGCACCAGGACGCUCUGUCCAAAAGCCUUCAGCAGAACUUGCCUUCCAGACCCGUGUCGAAGCCCAGCCUGUUCAGCUCGGUCCAGCUGUACCGGCAGAACAGCAAGAUGUGCGGGGCCGUUUUCACCGGGGCCAGCAGGUUCCGGUGCCGGCAGUGCAGUGCCGCCUACGACACCUUGGUCGAGUUGACUGUGCACAUGAACGAAACAGGCCACUAUCAAGAUGACAACCGCAAAAAGGACAAGCUUAGACCCACGAGCUACUCAAAGCCCCGAAAAAGGGCUUUCCAGGACAUGGACAAGGAGGACGCUCAAAAGGUUCUGAAAUGUAUGUUUUGUGGCGACUCCUUUGAUUCCCUCCAAGAUUUGAGCGUCCACAUGAUCAAAACAAAACAUUACCAAAAAGUGCCUUUGAAGGAGCCAGUACCAACCAUUUCCUCGAAAAUGGUCACUCCCGCGAAGAAACGCAUCUUCGAUGUCAACCGGCCCUGUUCCCCCGAUUCGACCACAGGGUCGUUUGCCGAUUCAUUUCCUUCUCAGAAGAGCGCCAACUUACAGCUGUCCGCCAACAAUCGCUAUGGGUACCAGAACGGCGCCAGCUACACCUGGCAGUUCGAGGCCUGCAAGUCCCAGAUCCUGAAGUGCAUGGAGUGCGGGAGCUCCCACGACACUUUGCAGCAGCUCACCACCCACAUGAUGGUCACCGGUCACUUUCUCAAGGUCACCAGCUCUGCCUCCAAGAAAGGGAAGCAGCUGGUGUUGGACCCACUCGCCGUGGAGAAGAUGCAGUCAUUGUCCGACGCCCCAAGCAGUGAUUCCCUGGCUCCCAAGCCGUCAAGUAACUCAGCUUCUGACCGCACGGCCUCCACAACUGAGUUAAAGAAAGAGGGUAAAAAAGAAAAACCGGAGGAGAUCAUCAAGGAUGAGAAGGUCAUGAAAAGCGAGGACUAUGAAGACCCUCUGCAAAAACCUUUAGACCCUACAAUUAAAUACCAGUAUCUAAGGGAGGAGGAUUUGGAAGACGGCUCCAAGGGUGGAGGGGACAUUUUGAAGUCACUGGAAAACACUGUUACCACCGCCAUCAACAAAGCCCAAAACGGGGCUCCCAGCUGGAGCGCGUACCCCAGUAUCCACGCGGCCUACCAGCUGUCCGAGGGCACCAAGCCUUCCCUGCCUCUGGGCUCCCAGGUACUGCAGAUUCGACCCAACCUCGCCAACAAGCUAAGGCCAAUUGCACCCAAGUGGAAAGUGAUGCCACUGGUUUCCGUGCCCACAAACCUGGCCCCAUACACUCAAGUUAAGAAGGAGCCAGAAGACAAAGAUGACGUCGAGAAGGAGUGUAGGAGGGAAAGUGCCCAAGAAGAGGCGUCCUCCUUCAGCCACGGCGAGGGGCAUUCUUUCUCCAAAAGCGAACUCCCUUCAGAAUCCAAAAAGGCUGAGCCUUGUCCCCCAGAGGAGGAGAACAAGCUGACGAAAGAGGGCGGGGAGAGAGAGAAACCCCAGGCCUUGGAGCCAGCGUCUUCUCUCAGCAACGGUUGCGCCCUCACCAACCACGCUCCGGCCCUGCCGUGCAUCAACCCGCUCAGCGCCCUGCAGUCCGUCCUGAACAAUCACCUGGGCAAAGCCACGGAACCCUUGCGCUCUGCCGCCUGCUCCAGCCCCAGCUCAAGCACAAUGUCUAUGUUUCACAAGUCGAGCCUCAGUGCCGUGGACAAGCCAGUUCUGAGUCCCGCCCCGACGAGGCCGGCCAGUGUGUCCCGACGCUACCUGUUUGAGAGCAACGAUCAGCCCAUCGACCUGACCAAGUCCAAGGGCAAGAAGGCCGAGUCCCCACAAGCACAGUCCUGCACGUCCCCGCCCCAGAAGCAUGCUCUGUCUGACAUCGCUGACAUGGUCAAAGUCCUCCCCAAAGCCACCACCCCGAAGCCCGCCGCUUCCUCCAGGGUGCCCCCCGUGAAGCUGGAAAUGGAUGUCAGGCGCUUUGAGGACGUGUCCAGCGAAGUCUCGACCUUGCAUAAAAGAAAGGGCCGGCAGUCCAACUGGAACCCUCAGCAUCUUCUGAUCUUGCAGGCUCAGUUUGCCUCCAGCCUCUUCCAGACGUCGGAGGGCAAGUACCUGCUGUCCGACCUGGGUCCACAAGAGCGAAUGCAGAUCUCGAAGUUUACGGGACUCUCGAUGACCACCAUCAGCCACUGGCUGGCCAACGUCAAGUACCAGCUCAGGAAGACGGGCGGGACCAAAUUCCUGAAAAACAUGGACAAGGGCCACCCUAUCUUUUACUGCAGUGACUGCGCCUCCCAGUUCAGAACCCCGUCUACCUACAUCAGCCACUUAGAGUCUCACCUAGGUUUCCAAAUGAAGGACAUGACCCGCAUGGCAGUGGAACAGCAAAGCAAAGCGGAGCAGGAGCUCUCCCGGGUCUCGUCGGCUCAGAGGUCCCCGGAAACCAUAGCUGGCGAAGAGGACACAGACUCUAAGUUCAAGUGUAAGUUGUGCUGUCGGACAUUUGUGAGCAAACAUGCAGUAAAACUCCACCUAAGCAAAACGCACAGCAAGUCACCCGAACACCAUUCACAGUUUGUAACAGACGUGGAUGAAGAAUAGCCCUGCAGGACAAAUGCCUUAGUUUCAACUUUCCAGCCUGGAUGCCCUCACCCUGAGCCCUUCCUCGGUGCACUGCCCUGCUCCUGGUGUUGAAACACUCCCGACACCCUGCUCUAAGAGGACUGCCAAAAAAAAAAAAAAAUCACCCCAGCCAUUCCUCUUCAUCCUCAUUAACAAUUUGGUGAUGAAGUAUUGACUUCCACUUCUCUGCUUAUGGACGAUAUUAGAUUUUCAUUGAUAAACUGCGACAGGGCUGCCUCAUCUCCACAGCCCCAUUCUCAUUGUCACGAGAAAACAAAGUGCCACUGAAGAAAAAUAACAACCGAGAACACUGAUGGACUUAUUUUGUCAGUUUGCACCGCUUGACAGGAAAGGGCGGGGGAGUGUAAGUCUUCAUAGUUUAAUGUCCAAGUGGGCUGCACUAGAUGUGAGGCUUGGAAGCUUACUUUCCAUGGUAAUGUCCACUUCCUAUUUAUAACCCCCCUGGGAACGCUUGUCUGAAGGAAAUGUUUCUGUUCAGUGCAACAAUUACGGUUGCACCUGGAUUGCCCAGUCCUGCCCCUGCACUUGGGAGCCAUUCGUCACAGCAAAGUGGAAGAAUGAUUAAGUUAAACCAGAGCUUGAGCCAAGAAAACCUCUGAACAAUGUUCAUCUUCUGUGCAAGCUGUUCGAAGUGUUAGGCUUAACCAUGUUGCUGCCAAUGACAUUUUCCCAGGCAGCGGUGGGCAUCUUUAUUACCACCAUUGUUACUUUAUUGGUUAAAAAGUAUAUAUAUAUAUAUAGUUUUAAGCAUGCACCACUGUCAUAUGAGACCUGCAAACUGGGAGAACUGGGGACACCGGUGAGCUGGAGAAUCAGAGAAAGCAAGGAGAUGAGAUCACUGAAGGGUGGAAAGUGCAGCAGCAGCCUUUCCUGGUAAUUUCUUUCUGCAGGACCUGUUGUUUACGGGCUUUGAAACACAGCUUAGCUGUAGAGGCAACAGAAAGCGUGAAACAGGGUGUCCGUUUUAAAUGUGUUCCUGCAACUUUUUUCAUUAAAACUUCGAGGGCCCAAUUUUAAUUUGUGGAAUAUUCCCGUUAAUAAUGAGAUCUAAUUAAGACAUCCAUUAAAAGCCCGUUAAAGUUAAUUUAACGUAAAAAUUCCAAUAGAACUGUAUUAGAUUUUCUCCAUUAAAUUAACGUUAUGGAUUUUUAACGGAUGUCUUAAUUAUACGUUAUUAUUAACGGGAAUGCUGUAUUACACAGAUUAAAAUCAGGUCCUAAGUCAACUUGGAAAAGCUAAGAGCAUGCUUUAAUAUUAAAAACUCUUGCAUACCUAGUGCACAGUUUGGAAAUGCUGAGGGUAGAUCUGUUUACUCUAGUUAAGCAUUUUCUAUACAACUGAAAGCAACCUAUAAUAGAUAAAUCCAUCACUGCAUUUAAACAAUGGAUUUCCUCAUUCUCAAAGAACAAAUAAGUCUGGAUUGUGUUGUAAACUGCUACUCAGCUAUAGGUGAAAUACUUAAACGAUUCUAGGCACAACAUUAGGAACUAGGUGAUUCUGAAACGAAAGGAUUCUUUUUUGUCGUUGCUUUAAUUACCAAGGUUAUCACACUCGAAAAUCUUAACACCAACAGAAUGAAGCCAAAUAUUUCCAAAUAUAUCCUCCACACCAUUUCUCACGGAGCCUGCCUCUUGGAAUGGUUUUGGAAAUUUUGACAUGAUCCCUAAAUUCAACAUUGGGAUUAAAAAAAGAAAAAAAAAAACCUUCUUAUUUACCUCCUAGAGAAAGUGUUGCCCUUAUGCCACAUAUAAUAGCAAAUUGCUUUUUUUAUGGCGUGCAUAACCUAGAUGGGAAAAAAUAUGGCGCUUCGGGGAAGGAGGGAAAAAGUAAA